AUGGUCGGCACCGGAGGUGUAGGAAAGUCGGCGUUGACCUUGCAAUUUAUGUAUGAUGAGUUUGUGGAAGAGUAUGAACCAACUAAAGCGGAUUCCUAUCGUAAAAAGGUUGUAUUGGAUGGAGAAGAAUGUUCGAUCGAUAUUCUGGACACAGCUGGUCAGGAAGAUUAUUCAGCAAUCAGAGAUAACUACUACCGAAGUGGUGAAGGUUUCAUUUGCGUGUUCUCCAUCUUGGAUAUGGACUCCUUUGAUGCUACCACGGAGUUCAGAGAACAAAUUCUUCGCGUCAAGAAUUCGGACAACUCCAUCCCAAUCGUUCUUGUUGGAAACAAAGCCGAUUUACGCGAAGAACGUGUAGUACCCCUAGAAAUGGCUCGGCAGAGGUAA